CGCUCUGCUUUGAGAGAGAGACAGAGAGCGAAGGAAGGCACUUUCCGAGCCGCUCCAGCCCAGCCUCCACGCCGCUUUUUACAGCCCCGGACAAGCCGCCCGAGCAUGCUCGCCAGGAUGGGACUCGGCAACGUCGCCUUGGCGCUCUUCAUCGCCUUCUUCGGCUGGGAGGUGGCCAGCCAAGACUGCAGCGGGCAAUGCCAGUGCCCCGCGGCGCCUCCCGAGUGCCCGCCCGGCGUGAGCCUGGUGCAGGACGGCUGCGGUUGCUGCCGGGUAUGCGCCAAGCAGCUGGGCGAGCUGUGCACCGAGCGGGACCCCUGCGACCCCCACAAGGGGCUCUUCUGCGACUUUGGAUCUCCCGUCAACCGCAAGAUCGGGGUGUGCACCGCUCGAGACGGUGCCCCCUGUGUGUUCGGAGGCAUGGUGUACAGGAGCGGGGAGUCCUUCCAGAGCAGCUGCAAGUACCAGUGCACUUGCCUAGAUGGGGCAGUGGGCUGCGUGCCUCUCUGCAGCAUGGAUGUCCGCCUGCCUAGUCCUGACUGCCCUUACCCCCGAAGAGUAAAGCUUCCUGGCAAAUGCUGUGAAGAAUGGGUGUGCGAUGAGCCGAAGGACAAGGAACAGACUGCAGUUGGACCUGCUCUUGCUGCAUAUAGACUGGAAGACACUUAUGGACCUGACCCAUCUCUGAUGCGUGCCAAUUGUUUGGUCCAGACCACCGAAUGGAGUGCCUGUUCAAAGACUUGUGGAAUGGGCAUCUCUACCAGAGUCACCAAUGACAAUGCCUACUGUAGACUGGAGAAGCAAAGCAGGCUUUGCAUGGUGAGACCCUGUGAAGCAGACCUGGAGGAGAGCAUCAAGAAAGGCAAAAAGUGUAUUCGUACUCCCAAGAUCUCCAAGCCUAUCAAGUUUGAGCUGUCUGGCUGUACCAGUGUGAAGACAUACCGAGCCAAGUUCUGUGGCGUUUGCACCGAUGGGCGUUGCUGUACCCCCCACAGAACAGCCACUCUCCCUGUGGAAUUCAAGUGUCCCGAUGGUGAGAUCAUGAAGAAGAGGAUGAUGUUUAUCAAGACCUGUGCAUGCCACUACAACUGCCCUGGAGACAAUGAUAUCUUUGAGUCUGUGUACUACAGGAAGAUGUAUGGAGACAUGGCAUAAAGCCAAAAGAGGGACUCUUAAACUUGACCGUCAACUUGAAAUGAUAAUUGCAUCUCAUUUUGUAAAACCUGAUCCAAUAGCACAAGUUAUUUAAAUAUUUUUUUAAAAAAUCAAACUGUUCCAUGUGACUUAAGACACAAGUGUCGAUUGACUCCAAACUUUGGUUUGAAGGGAAAAAAUUAAGAUGGACAGUGAGGACCCACAGAAAAACUGUGCCUCAGAAUAGAGUAUAUUGUUUAUAUUGGAGCGAUAUGUAGGGAUUACUGAAGGAGAUACGUGCACUCUCAGACAUAGUGCAAUUGGAAAAGACCCUUAGCAAGGUUAUCCACACUUGUUUUUGUGCCGGUAAUUGCUGGACUGAAAACCCGCACCUGACAAGGUGCUAAGUAAUGAUGUUCUGUUAGCCAGAACAGCAAUAAUUUUGUUUUAUGAAGUUCUGAUUCAAAUACUUGCAUCAAAAGGAAUUGGCCUGACGUGUUAGACUGGACAGCUUGUACAGUGAACUUUUCUGUUACAAGCGAGGUUUUUUAAUUAAUAUUGUAAAUAUUGUAUGUGUGUAUAUAUAAAUAUAUUUUGUACAGUUAUCUAAGUUAAUUUAAAGUUUUAUUGCCUUUUUUAAAAAAUGCGUUGAUACUUCAGUGUUAGCCUCUACUUGUUUAACAGCUUGUCUGAUCCAAUACAUUCAACCAUUGAAAUAGAUAAUUGGAGUUCUGUUCAGUUAGUGGGGGGAAUAAUGAAGUGAAUUGAUGGUUUGCUGAAAACAGAGGUGCCUGUAGAAGCAUUUCAUCAAAUUGGGGGUACGAAGGGCCUUAAUGGCCCCAAAUCAAAAAGAGUGGCUCAUUGAUCAACUACUAAUCGUUCCACCUGGAAACCUUUUCUUUCUUUGACCAUGACUGUUUUGGGGACAGUUUGUUACAUGUUGAGAAAUGUGACCAAAAGUUACAUGUUUGCACCUUUCUAGAUGAAAAAUAAAGUAUUUUAUUUUUUAUAUAAA